AUGUCGGAAACAAGUGCCAUGACGAACCUCACAAAUGCCCUCAAGCAAGAUGGCUCUGCUGUUCAUGUCAUCCGGCUUCUCGGGAUAUUCCCCGAGUUCAAUCCCCAUCGCGUGCCCACGAAUUUGGGGCCAGGAACCCUGCCUAUUGAACAUCCGAUUGCGAAGCGUAUCUUGGAUGAAAGUGGACUUCCAGUCACGUAUAUCAACUCUGGGGCUUCCUUCAUCGAUAAUCUAUGGUUACAGAUCCAGCCCGUCCUGCUGCACAAGAAAUUCAUCUGGCCAGAGCAUCGUGUGCCAUUUCUCGACCCGCGCGACGUCGCCGAGGUCGCUGGGCGUUUGUUUCUCUCAGACAAUACCAAACAUAUAGGUGCAUUCCACACCAUGAACAAUGGGCAUGACUGGCUGAGCUUUGAAGAAGUGGCGGGUAUUCUCAGUGGAGAAUUGGGUGAGCCGAUUGCCUUUGACGGAAGCUACGAGGGCUUCAUGGAGUUCUGGGGCCCUAGGAUGGGAAAGAAGGCAGAGCGACUAUGGAAUUUCUUCAAGUUCGAAUAG